AUGGCACGAACCAUGAGCGAUACAACUGCCUGCCACCAAACAGGCGCCAAGCGCCCGGCAUAUGACUCCCAUAGUGACGGCGAAGCGGACAGGCCUGUCAAGAAACGGCACUUAUGGGCCAGGUCUAUGUCAAAAAGGUGCGACCGUCGUUGGGACAGAGAGAUUAAGUGUGACAACGUAUCUCUUUCCCAGUCAUGUCUAUUGCAUAGUCAAGACUGUCGCAAGAAGACCGUUGGCGUGCACCACUGGAGGGCUACCAGGGACCAGUGUUUGUCAACAAUUGCGCCGGAGAAUGAAGGGCAGUGGAUUGAUAGGUCGACGGUUGAAGAUAUAUCGAAGCGAUUGGAUCGGAUUGAGCGGUGUUUGCACUUCAUGUUCCCAGAGCUUUUCCUUAAUCCGGAUGCAGAUGAAGGGACCCUGACUGACUCUGACGAUGACUCUGUGACUGUUUGUUCGGAGAAUGAUAGCUACCCGGUGACAUGUCAAGCGAUUACUAUCGUAGAUCGAUGGUUAGCUCAGUCACCACACUUCGAUAAGAUAUCCACCCAGCCUAGUCUUGCUCUAGCUCAGGCAGAGGUGAAAGAUAUAAGCAGUGUGGGUGAAACUGCGUCUUCGCCUCCAUUAACUCCCCUCCCCCCUCCGGGUGGGGAUGAUAGGGGCCAGAGAAGACGUCAUGACAGAAAUGGAAUAGCCGAAGGUCCCUUCUGGAGAUUACCUAGACGGUGA